GGAAUAUGCCGCGCGCUCUAGGUACAAAUCGAAAGAGGGCAACUGAUGAAGUGAAAGAAUGGAGGGGGGGACAUCCGACGCAAUACCUCCGGGUUCCUCAGAUAACUUACCUGUUGUAAAUGUGCCUUGAUACGGCCACUACAUGCGCCAAUCGUCUAGGUAUGUGAGGACUAAUCUUCUACGGAUACCUAUGUGUCUAUGGCCUACCUACAUACCUACUGCCUAUCUGCCUUUACCUGUGACCUACCCCAUACGCAGGGAUGGUCUGUCAGGUAUGCACACAUAUGCCCACUCCAAAUUGGUGGUGUGGUGUGUGGUGUUGGUGUUGGUGUACAGCCGGAGGUAUAUGCACGGCGGGCUCCUCCAGCACCACACCAUCACGGCGGCCUUGGGUCGGACUGGUAGAGACCUUGACCGGCUUCGGGGCCAUCGCCGCCGUCAUCCUUGCUAUCCCUACGCACCGAGCUUCGCAACCCCCCCAGCCUGGCGCCGUAGCACCUCCUUAGGUACCUACUGUCCCACGAAUAUAUGUGAGGACCGGCGAGGCUAUUUAUUUCCUGGCCAGACGCCGUGAUUUGUCGAUCCACGGCGCCAACCGGAUGCUCUAAUGAGGGAUAGCAUGCCUGCGAUGCGGGACACACGUGCAGGUUCGCGCAGGAAGGGCGUCAGAGAAGGGGGAGAGAAACUUCCUCGGCCAACCCUACAGCGAUUAGCGAUUACUCAUGAUGAGUAAGCAGAUGCCGCCACCAUCUC